CUAUUCACCCCCUCUAGCAUUUUUCCUUUAUUCUAACAAUUGGUAUCAGAGCCUAACUUGCGUCCAAACUUAACCGUUUGAGAGUAAAGCGAUCAUGGGUUCUUCUUCUAGAAAUCUUUAUGCAGGGAUCGGAGAAGGUCAAUCAACUUCUAGGCCACCACUCUUUGAUGGCACCAACUACACAUAUUGGAAAGAGCAUAUGAGAAUUUAUAUCCGCUCAACCAACUUCCAAUUGUGGUUGGUCAUCAAGAAUGGUGAAGAAACGCCAAUGAAGAAGGUUGGUGAAAAACUCGUCCCAAAGACCGAGGAUGAAUUUGAUGCCGAAGACAUCAAAAAGGUGGAGAACUAUGCUAAGGCGAUCAAUAUGCUCUACUGCACAGUCAACCCCGAUGAUUAUCGCAAGAUCUCUUGCUGCAACACUGCCAAAGAAAUGUGGGACAAGGUGGAGGUCACAUAUGAAGGUACAGAUCAAGUUCGGGAAGCCAAAAUUGACUUCCUAACGCAGGAGUACGAGAUGUUUAGAAUUAAGGAAGACGAGAAGAUCAACGACAUGUUCCACUGAUUUUCCAAGAUAGUCAAUGAUCUUUACGCAUUAAAGAAGACUUACACCGACAGGGAUCUUGUGCGAAAGAUCCUACGGAGCUUGACAUCCGAAUGGCGAUCCAAGGCCGAUGCCAUCUAUGAGUCAAUCGGCACAUCAAAUGUCACCAUCGACGGUUUAAGAGGUAAUUUAAAAACUUAUGAAUCUAAUAUACUUAACCCGUCUUU